AUGUCCUCAUCUCUGAGACCCAUCAACGCAGGUGCUUGGUUGCCCGCCGAAGACAAUCGCUUGCGAGACGCGGUGGUUCAGUACGGCACCCGGUGGGUGGUGGUGGCAGCGAAAGUUGCUACGCGCAACAGCGAUCAGUGCGCCAAGCGAUGGAAGGAGAAUCUUAACCCGGACCUUGAUCAUAGCCCCUGGACUCCACACACGGACGGGUUUCUUCUACAUCUGGUAGACUUAUUUGGCCACAACUGGAAAUAUAUCGCGAACAAUUUCCUCGAAGCACGCGCUCCGUUGUCCGUCAAGAACCGCUACGCACUUCUGAUGCGCCGGCUAAAGCGCAAACGUGGCCAUGGGAAACAGCCGUCCAGUAGUAGCACAUCCCCACAUGUGCCACUACCACCCGCACUAUUUGGCGGGUCGUUCGGCCUGCCAACUGCUUCUGCCAGCCUUACCGCUACGUCUAUCUUCCCCGUUGACGAUGGCAAUUUGGACGCCAUCAGCCCUUUUGAGUACUCACAGAGUGGGGCAGAAGGAGACCGGACGAGACCAGCUAGCAAAGACAGUUCAACUCUCGAUCUGACAGUUCCGUUCAUAACACCUCCGCCAACAACAUCGGACAACUCCAGCACCACGAUUCCCACCGCCAUUGAUACGACAGACUACUCAAACAUGGAAAAUCAGUACCUCUCACUAGCAGAUUUCAGAAGAUCAACUCCGAGCUCCGCUUUAAACAAUUCUUUAGAUGGGAUAGAUCUCCAAUUUAAAGAGCGAGGCACGUGGCAACCCAUCCUCACAGGCAUGGAUGAAUUCCUAUCCGGAAAUGACUCUAGAAAUAGAAACAGCAACAACAACGACACAGCACUAGACGACGUCGUCUCCAAAUAUGGUUUUACCAAUCCAGCCCACCGGCCGCAUGAUGAGAGUCGCUCAGACCAAGCACAGGAAAAGUGCUCUGAAAUUGGUAACAAUAGCAACGAGAUUGAGUACUCAGUCACCUGCCCGAGAGGAAAAAUAAAGAGGGCAGUGUAUCACCUCCUCGAUGCGACCAUAAUGGAGACAGCAGACCGGCUAGCAGAUGAGGAGAAAAUCACUCUUACGCUACGGCUAAAGACUACGUGA